UUCUUAUUGCUCUUAGUACUCUUCUAUAUUACUUGCUCUGUGGUACUCUUUGGUCUUGUGAUUCAAUAACUGUUCUGUGUUCAAUAAAGAUAUUGGUUUGAGAAAUUCACUUGACUUUCAUAAAGUACCUAUAAAAAGUUGAAUGAAAGCUAGAAGUAUAAAGUACAUAUACAUUUAAAAAGUACUUUCAUUUUUUUUGGAAAACUAUUUAUUGAACUAAGAUUAAUUAGGUAUUAUAAAUAAGAAGUUUCAUGCUUACUAAAAAAAUAUCAAGUGUUGUCAAUAGAUGUAUGAAAUAUUCCUUUCAUAAUAUAUUUGUAACAAAAAUGGCAAAAAGUUCUUUUGAAUAUGUGAAAAAUUUUGAACAAGAUGAUGCAUUAUUACCAAAUACUUGGAUUGUGGUUAGACUAGAUGGUAAAUGUUUUCAUAAGUUUUCAGAUGACCAUAAUUUUGAAAAACCGAAUGAUAUCAGAGCAUUGCGAUUAAUGAAUUAUGCAGCAUUUAGUGUAUUGAAAGAUUUCAAUGAAAUUUGCAUAGCCUUUGGACAAAGUGAUGAGUAUUCAUUUAUAUUUAAAAAAAACACUACACUGUAUAAAAGGCGUGCAGCAAAACUAUUAACAACUAUUAACAGUAAGUUCUCAUCAUCAUAUGUUUUUUACUGGACUAAAUUUUUUGGUGAGAAACCACUGAAAUAUCCUCCUGCGUUUGAUGGCCGAAUUGUUUUAUAUCCAUCCAAUGAGAAUAUAAUUGAUUACUUGAAGUGGAGACAAGCCGAUGUACAUAUAAAUAAUUUGUAUAAUACUACAUUUUGGACACUAAUACUGAGAGGUAAACUUAGUCCAGUUCAGGCUGAAAAGAGACUGUGUGGAACUGUUUCAUCUGAUAAAAAUGAAAUUCUAUUCAAAGAGUUCAACAUAAAUUAUAACAAAGAACAAGAGAUUUUCAAAAGAGGAACAAUACUGUUGCGGCAAAUUGUCAGUGAAGAUACAUCUGAUAAAAAAAUGACAGCUAUUGUUGAUAUUCAUGAUGAUAUGUUAAAAGAAAAGUUUUGGCAGAAACAUUGUGAUUUACUGGAACCUAGAUCAAAAAUAAUAUUAUCAUAUGAUGGUCCAAUAACUGAUAUAAUUAGAGAACAGAUUCAGAGUAGAGAAAAUAUUAUUUUGUAAAUAAAACAAUGUAUACAGUA